UAAAACCCUUGACGCUUCUACAGUUCUGAGUGAUCGAUCCCAUCCGUAAAACCCACCAAAACCCCUCUUCACCUCUGCAACACUCAUUUAUCCGUCUCCGUAAUCGUCUACGUCCAUCAAUGGCGUCCGUGGCCUUCAGAAACCCUAAUUCUAGGCGUUUGAUUCAACUAUCUCCCCAAUUACGUUCUGGUUGUCGAGGAUCCGUUGUAUCUGCUUCUGGUUUCCCAGCCAUUGAAUCGCUUUCUGGAAAUGACAACGCGACUGCUUCUAAUCCGUGGUGGAGAUCCAUGGCCACUUUCACCCGAACAAAACCUCAUGUAAAUGUUGGAACAAUUGGACAUGUUGACCAUGGAAAGACAACACUAACUGCUGCAAUCACAAAGGUGCUGGCAGAUGAAGGGAAGGCCAAGGCCAUCGCCUUUGAUGAAAUUGACAAGGCACCUGAAGAGAAAAAGAGAGGAAUCACAAUUGCCACGGCUCAUGUGGAAUAUGAAACCACUAAAAGGCAUUAUGCUCAUGUAGAUUGUCCUGGACAUGCUGAUUAUGUUAAGAACAUGAUCACUGGUGCUGCUCAAAUGGAUGGGGGGAUUCUGGUUGUCUCUGCACCUGAUGGGCCUAUGCCACAAACAAAGGAACACAUCCUUCUUGCUCGACAGGUUGGUGUUCCUUCACUUGUGUGCUUUUUGAAUAAGGUUGAUGCUGUUGAUGAUCCUGAGUUACUAGAACUUGUGGAACUAGAGCUUCGAGAGCUUCUUAGCUUCUACAAGUUUCCAGGGGAUGAAAUUCCCAUUGUACGAGGUUCAGCCUUGGCGGCUUUACAAGGCAACAACGAUGAAAUUGGAAAGAAUGCCAUUUUGAAACUGAUGGAAGCUGUAGAUAAUUACAUCCCUACCCCUGAAAGGCAAAAGGAGAAGGCCUUCUUAAUGCCUAUAGAAGAUGUUUUCUCAAUUGCGGGACGUGGGACUGUUGCCACUGGUCGUGUUGAACAAGGGACAAUUAAAGUUGGAGAGGAAGUUGAAAUCAUGGGGUUGAUGCAGGGUUCAAAAAAAACAACUGUUACUGGUGUUGAGAUGUUCAAGAAGAGUUUAGAUCAUGGGGAAGCUGGUGAUAACGUGGGACUUCUUUUACGUGGUAUAAGCAGGACUGAUAUCCAGAGAGGACAGGUGAUUGCAAAGCCUGGCAGUGUAAAAACCUACACAAAAUUUGAGGCUGAAAUAUACGUGCUAACAAAGGAUGAAGGUGGACGCCAUACAGCCUUCUUUUCAAAUUACAGGCCUCAGUUUUAUUUGAGGACAGCAGAUGUGACUGGGAAAGUGGAAUUGCCUGAAAGCGUAAAGAUGGUUAUGCCUGGAGAUAACGUCACUGCUGCUUUUGAACUUAUUACACCAGUUGUUCUUGAACCAGGGCAAAGAUUUGCAUUGAGGGAAGGAGGACGAACUGUGGGUGCAGGAGUAGUGUCAAAGAUGGGGGUAUAA